AUGUCGUCUGGCGUCGUACGCUCGACCGCCCUUAGGGCCGGCGGCGCUUGUGUCCGCUGCCGCAAGGGCAAGACCAAGUGCGUCUACGAGAACGGCCGGGCUCCGUGCAAGAACUGCGCCAAGGGCAUGCACGACUGCUACCUCCCGUCGGAGAGCAUGGCCCACCACCACGGCCAGAGCCCUGCGCGCCACGCCAAUCCCCAUCGACCUCCUCGCGACAGCCUACCGGCCGCCGGGCCCGGUGGUGGUGCUGAGGCGCGACAGGCCGUCGUGGGCUCUGGUGCCGCCCGCCACGUUCAGGCCAACUCGGACAAACUGACCCCCGAGCUCAUCGCCGAAUGUGAGCGUGUCGUUUCCAAGACGUUCCCCGCCUGUGUUGCGUUCCACAAGCCCUCGUUUGUGCAACAGCUCAAGAGCGCGUCUCUCGACGCCGCCCUGGUCUACGGUCUUUUGACCUGCGCCGCUCGGAGCUCGCCGAGCCUCAUCCGCCGGUAUGGCGGCCCGACCGCGGCUGCCGAGACAUUCGCCGCCAAGGCGAUUGCGCUGAUCAACCAAAACCUCGACCAUCCCAAUCUCGUCGAUAUUCAGGCUUUGUGCUUGAUCAUCAUCCACGAGUGGGGUUCCCGCAAUGCCGUUCGCGCCUACAUCUACCUUGGCCAGGCUGCUCGCAUGGUUCAGAUGUACCGGAUUCUUAACAGUCAUCACUCGUCUCCCGACGCCGACCAGUUCCUGCGUGAUGAGUCGCUGCGACGCACCAUCUGGCUGAUUUACAUCCUCGACUGUCUUUUGACUAGCACACCCGGACGCUACCCUGCCUUGAGCGCCCACGAUACCUCGGACGUGUCCCUGCCAUGCUCUGAUAUCAACUUUGCCUUUGGCAAUGCCGUCUUCGUCAAGACGCUCCGCCAGCAGCUCGACCCCACAGCUAUCCCGCCUAGUCAGGCACCUUCCGCUGAGAUUGGCGAGUUUGGCUACAUCGUUCUCGCCUCUACCAUCUGGCGCGAUGUCGUCGGCAUGCUAACCACGACGUCCCUCGGUAGCUUCCGUGAAGAAGACUGCUCUGACCUCAUCACCAAGAUCGAAGGUCUGCGAGCGUCGCUCCCUAUGCAGUUCAUCGACAAGCCUGGUCAGAUCAACCUCCACAUGACGAUGGGAUCUGGCUACACCUUUGCCAUGCUGCACUGUCUCCUCCACUGCGCUACCGUUUUCGUUCACCGACGACGCCUGUUGCAGGAGGUGACUGCUCCCAACUUCAACCUGGAGAACUUCCGCCUUAACCCGCGCUGCCACGACAUCGUCGACCGCCUCUUUACCUCUUGCCAUGGCAUAAUCUCCCUGCUGACUGCUGUCGAAGCUGGUUCCGAGAAGGAUCACAUUCCCUGUUUCCCAAUCUUCAUGCUGUUCUCCUCCUUUACCUCGAGCGCCACCGUGGCAUACCUGUCGCUCAAGGGUCUUACCCCCCCUAACGCGGUUGAGACAGCGGCCCACAUCGUCAAGGACGGUCUCCGCUUCAUGAACGAUGGCACCGAGAACUGGCCGCUGAUGGGCAGCUGGCUCCGACACCUGACUGUGAUGCAGCGCGUCUUGAACAACGACGCCGGUACCACAGGCUCAAUCCGACACAGCUCGACCUCCCACGGUCCCUCCAGCGGCAUCAAGGAUGAGAUCUCCUCCAACGCCGAUACCAACCCUGACGCCAUGGACUACGACCAGCAGACCAACGCUGGAGGCAGCGUCUCGGGACAGGCCCCUGUUCGAUCUCUCUCUGAGUCGGUCCGCGGGGACAGUGAGCCUCCUGCUGCCCUUCCUCGACGACCCGGCGUCACCACUAUCAAUGGUAGCUCAGGCGGUGUUUCCACACCAAACGUGUCGCCUCCUCCCGGCAGCGCGCCUCACACCUCGCUGCACGUUCACGAGACGAAGCCGCAGAGCCCAGACAUGUCGAACGGCAUGGUGGCGUCGCAGGAUGGCCAGACUACCAGCCAAGACAUGACUGCGCCCGAACUUUGCCAGGCCUUUGAGCGACAGCUUCUUGAUCUUGAUGAUCUCGCAGCUUUCAUGGGUGGCGGCGUCUAA